CUCCUUCCCUCGUUGCCAAUUGCUGGAGUUAGAUUUGUCUGCCAUGGCCGCCCUGCAGAAAUCUGCGAGCUCUCUCCUUACGCAGGCUCUGGCUGCCAGCUCCCUCCUUCUCCUUGCCCUGUGGGUGCAGGGAGGAGCGGCCGUGCCCAUCAGCUCUCACUGCAGGCUCGACAAGUCUGACUUCCAGCAGCCGUACAUUACCAACCGCACCUUCAUGCUGGCCAAGGAGGCUAGUUUGGCAGAUAACAACACAGACGUUCGUCUCAUCGGGGAGAAACUGUUCCGCAGAGUCAAUAUGAGAGAGCGCUGCUCCCUGAUGAAGCAGGUGCUGAACUUCACCCUUGAAGAAGUGCUGCUCCCUCACUCCGAUCGCUUCCAGCCCUACAUGCAGGAGGUGGUGUCCUUUCUGGCCAGGCUCAGCAACAAGCUAAACCACUGUCAUGUUGAGAGCAAUGACCAGCACAUCCAGAGAAAUGUGCAACAGCUGAAGGACACAGUGAAAAAGCUUGGAGAGAGUGGAGAAAUCAAAGCAAUUGGGGAGCUGGAUUUGCUGUUUAUGGAGCUGAGAAAUGCCUGCAUUUGACCAGAGCAAACUGGAAAACGGAUACCUAACCCUUCUUGCCUGUUAGAAAUUACAAUAAGAUCCCCAAGGGUUUUCUUUUACCAAAAGGAAGAUGGGAAGCUAAACUCCACAGACAUGGAUGGAUUCUAAAGAAACUCCUGCUGAACCUAAAAAGAGAACAGUGUCACAAGGUCGCUUGUGUCCAUACACUAGAAGGUAGACCU